AUGAAAAUUGUAUAAUGAAAAAAAAAAUUGAGCAUUACGACAUUAUUAUUGAUAAUAUGUGGACGCCUUUGCGCAUGCGCAACACUUUGUGAUAAAGAUUUCAUAAUAUACGAAAAAAUAAAAUAUGGCUUCAGAAAAGGUCUUUCAUGCAUAUACCGCUGGAGUCUUAUUGAGAAAUCCCCCGAAAGCUGGAAUUGGUGUUUGGUUUUACGAUGAAGAUGAUCAUGAUGAGAAUCAAAUACUACUUAAUGUUUCUGAACCCGUACAACAAGGAGAACCCACGAAACAUAGAGCGGAAGUUAAGGCGGUGACAGCUGCUUGUAUGAAAGCACGGCCUGCGCAGGGAAUCUUUUUUGAAAAAUUAUUUAUACAUACCGAUUCAGAAUAUGUCGUAAAUGUGGUAACUAAUGUGAUUUCUGAAUGGAGAGACACAGGCAGAAUCACUGUCGAAUUUAAUGAAGAAGUAACUGUGUGUGAAAUUGAGGAAAUGGUGGAUUUGGUGACACAAUUGAACGCUACAUUGGAACUAAACUCACCGGACUCUUCUAGUCAUGGCAAAGAAAGAGCUGAAUAUUUUGCCAGACAGGGAGCCGAAAAAUACAAGAAAAAAAGAAACAAAAAAAUACAAAAAUAAUAUUUUAGAGAUAAAUAUAUAUAUUUAAAUAAAUAAAUAAAUAUUAUAUUUCAAGUUCAUAAACUUGAAAGUUUUAUUUCAUAU